UUCCAGAUGUGCUAGUGACUUUUAUUCAUCUCAGAGAGGGACACUCUGGGAUUUUUUGGCCUGUAAUCGCCGCAGGUCUGGUCGUUGGUGUCUGGACGCUGAGCAGCGGGCGGACAUGAGGCUGAGCGCUGCUGUAUCGGGCUAACAUAACAUUAGCGCUAAGCUAGCUGAGGGUUUUUAAGGUGUCGCCAGCAAACCCUGACCGGACCCGCUGAACGGCCACUGAAGCUGCCGCUGGCCUGGCUGAUGAUGGUCUAACCGAAAAUCUUACAGACUUUCCGUUUUUUGUGCCGUUAUGGCACCGAGGCUCGACGGCGAGCUGCUGCUGUGCGUCUGAAUUAACUUGCAGCGUAACGUUAAUUCGCCGAAGUCAAGACGCCAAGUUUGUUGUCGGAGCGCCGAACUAACGUUACCCGGCCGAUCAGCUCCGUUUGCCAUGUUUACCUCAGACUAGCUGUGCGCUUCGCUGACACGCACCGCUAACCCAGCUAACUAGCAGGCUCGUCUCGGUCUGUCCGUGUGAAUCUGGCAUCGGCGUCGUCGUUGGUUUUCGUGAAAAAGGUUUUUACAGUCAGUCGUUUCCCUCUCGGACUGACUGUCUGACCGACUGGGCGCUGAGGAGAAAAAGGAGAAAAGGUGCCUUAAUUACUUGAACAGGCGUGAAGAAUGGCGGCCACUUUAUCAGCGGAGGAGGAGCAGGCCACUAAACAGUUCCUGGAGGAGAUCAAUAAGUGGACCAGUCAGCAUGGCGUCUCCCCUCUGUCCUGGGAUGUGGCUGUGAAGUUCCUAAUGGCACGCAAGUUUGAUGUCCUUCGAGCCAUAGAGCUCUUCCACAGCUACAGGGAGACACGACUGAGGGAGGGCAUCGUCAAACUGCAGCCACAGGAAGAGCCACUGCGCUCUGAACUGCUCAGCGGCAAGUUCACGAUUUUGGGAGUAAGGGACCCCUCAGGUGCCUCCAUAGCUCUGUACACAGCCAAGCUUCACCAUCCCAAUAAAACGGGCAACCACGUGGUGCUACAAGCUCUGUUCUACCUGCUGGACAGAGCGGUAGAGAGCUUUGAGACCCAGAGGAAUGGCCUUGUGUUCAUCUAUGACAUGGCAGGAUCCAACUAUACCAACUUUGAGCUGGACUUGAGCAAGAAGAUCCUCAAUCUGCUAAAGGGUGCAUUCCCUGCCCGACUGAAAAAGGUGUUCAUAGUUGGAGCUCCAGUCUGGUUUCGAGUGCCCUACAACCUGCUGAGUCUGCUGCUAAAGGAGAAACUCAGAGAAAGGGUCCAAAUGGUGAAGAUGACUGACCUGCGGCAGCACCUGCCCAGAGACUGUUUGCCCGAGCACCUAGGCGGCUGCCUGGCUCUGGAUGUUCAUGGCUGGAACCAGCGGCUGCUGGCCGAGCAGAACGGACAUGUAGACCCGGUCGAUGAGUUGGUGGGCAUCCCACUGGAUGAUUCUUCAGUGCACACACCAGGCCCCGAGGCCAUGCGGCUGCCAGAUUUUAUGGCACACCUAUCUUGCGCCCAACGCAGUGGCAUCUACCAGGAGUACGAGGAGCUCCGUAAAGAACAGCCUCCUGGAACUUUCCACUGUGCGCUAGCUGGCUACAACCAGGAAAGGAAUCGCUAUGGCGACGUCCUUUGUCUUGACCAAACACGUGUACAUCUGAAAGGCAAAAGAAAUGAGAGAUCAGAUUACAUCAACGCCAGCUUCAUGGAUGGCUACAAACAGAAGAAUGCGUACAUUGGAACUCAAGGGCCGCUGGAGAAAACCUACGGAGAUUUCUGGAGAAUGGUGUGGGAGCAAAGCGUGCUGGUCAUUGUCAUGACAACAAGGACUGACGAGGGUGGCAGAAGGAAGUGUGGUCAGUAUUGGCCUCUGCAGGAAGGGGGCCAAGAGGUAUACGGACACAUAGCUGUGGUCAACCAGAGAGUGGACAACCAUUCCCAUUACAAUCAGACCACUCUGGAGCUACAUAACACAGAGACCUGUGAGCAGAGGCAGGUUACUCACUUCCAGUUCCUGAGCUGGCCUGACUACGGCGUCCCCUCCUCUGCGCUGUCUUUGCUUGAUUUCUUGGGUGCAGUGAAGAGGCAGCAGAAGAGAGCAGUGAAGGCUCUGGGGUCACAGUGGAGGGGUCAUCCUCUGGGACCACCUAUGGUUGUCCACUGCAGUGCAGGCAUUGGCAGGACAGGUACGUUCUGUGCAUUGGAUAUAUGUCUGUCCCAACUGCAGGAGGUCGGGACUCUGAGCGUGUGUCAGACAGUGAGGCGUAUGAGGACACAGCGCGCCUUCAGCAUCCAAACACCAGAACAGUAUUAUUUCUGCCACACUGCCAUCCUAGAGCAUGCCCAGCGACAGGGACUGCUCUCGACCAAUCAGUGAGAGACCGAACCUGCUUUCUGUCAGUCAGCGAAAGACAGAGGCAGCUUUCUGCCAAUCUGUGACACUCAGAGUGCUCUUAGCCAAUCAGUGGGCUACUUGUCAAUAGACUGAGCGUAAAUGGUCUCUGUAGGAAUAUUUUUACACCCACUUGUCUGACUGACAUUCACUCCAAGCACAGUACUUGUGACUCUUUUAAAGAUUGGUGAAUAAAGUGCCACAGUCAUAGCAAUCACACUGUUUGCCAAGAGAUCUUAAUCUCUGCUGGAUCCAGCUGAAGACUGAAGGGGUCCAUCUGUCCCAUAGCCAAUCAGUAAUGCUGAUAAUGUGUGAAAGUGUUUGUAUUGAAAUUGAAUGUUCCUAAGUCAUUAGUGUAUGUUGAGUGUUGCUUCUGAAUGACAUCUAACAGUUCGACUUACCCAAGAGCGCUCAUACUGUUUUCAAAGCCAGAAAAUCUGCAGUCUAAAAUUAUAUCAAGAGAACCCCCCCAUGCCCUUUCAUCAGGUUUUUAUUUAGCCUCAUAAACUGUUGCAAUGAUUGAAACAGUUCACACUUUAAAACAGACUUUCUGUCCUGAGUUUGCUCAGUUAGUUGAAAAAAAAAAAAAAAGUAAAAUCAUGAGAUUAAUCCACAGAUGCAGCUUCAGUCUCAGCUUAUCCUGAUUUUGUUUAUUUGGCAGCCCAUCAGUCUUGGCAGACGCAGCACACUGAACCCAAAGGUGCUCAUACGCAAGUGUUUGACUAACCCCGAAAUAUUUCUGACUCUUAAUCAAUUCUGAUGCUUCAGAGGGACCAGUUGUUUUCCUUUAAGCUCCAAACCUACAAUGGAUGUGACAUGUCAUGCCUUUGUUCUUUUAGCGCACAAACGGCUGAAAAUCUGCUUGGUCUACCAAAGCAUUUACUCUAUGUACCAGUACGAUUUUGUGACACUAUAAACAAAUGGACAGUUUCCCAACAUUACUCAUUUGAAAUCCAUCAUUUUUAUGAGUCAUUUGGGUCAUGUUUUGCCUUCGAUAUUUAUAUUACAUUUUGCAUCUUUGUACAGCCUCCACUACAAACAAAGUUUGUAAUCAAGGCUUUAUGAAUGAACUCUUUCUGUAGAUGCAUUUUUUUCCCCCAAUAUUUCCUCAGAAUUUAAAACAGGCUGCAUGUGUUCCAAACUAAAGAGGUCACUCAGUAUCUUCUGCUCAACUUCAAAAUAGUGUUGUCUAAAUAACUGGUUCUCAAACUGGACCUCAGGGAUCCCCAGUCAGUCCACAUUUUGCUCCGUCUCUGUGCAUUAGGAGUUAGGUUGGGGGGGUGGGAUCCCUGAGAAGUGGUUUGAGAACUACUAGUCUACUGUGAAUCAGGGCUGCUGACAAGCAACACAAAGACAUAGAACUUCUACAUGUGUUGAAAUAGGCACAUGAAGUAUCAUGUGAAUACAUUAAGCUCAAAAACAAUAUUAGGAUACAGAGCAGCCAUUUUUGUUUCUUGCCUCUGGUAUUUGGCUCCAGCAAAGGAAAUGGCACAAUGACCACAAUAACAAUAGAUGUUAACUGGCAGGUUAUCUGUUUCAUUUUCAAGCAGAUGAUUUAGAAAUUUAGAAAUUAUUAGGUUCUUUUUAACCCAGUUUUAUCAAAGCAAAAGUAUUUGGCAAGUUUCUAUAAGUUAUAUUAUUCCUUUGUGAUGUUCUCCAAGUGUAGUGUUCUAGAUGUAAUGGUCCUCUCCUUGACUUAUUUGAAGGUUUUCCACACAAGUGCAAGGAGGAUUAUUCUGUUCAUCACUAGAGUCUUAUUUGGUUUACAAUUGGUUGCUUUGCCAAGUGCCAAGUUCACUAAUGGUUUUUGUUCCCCAAAGAUAUAACAGUUGAUAUCUAACUGUAUUAAGGCCUCUUGGUUCAUGUAUUCAGUCUACAAUCUGGCCACAAAUGAGCAUGUUAAAAAGUACAGCUGCAAAGCCAACUGUCCAAAAAUGUUGUGUACUAAAAAUGUCAUUAUCAUUUCACAUUGAAUCAGAUAGACAACUGAAUACUGUGACAUGUCAGAUCCUGUGUAGAGACAAAAAAGAUGUUCUGAAAGCCUGUAGGUUUCUCCUUACAGUUAUAGGUUUUCCUGUUAUUGUGACCCAUGCAGGAGUGCUUAUUUCAUCCUAACGCUCCACUUGGCCAUUUAUUUGGGUUUUUGAACUUGCAUGCGAUUGGAUAGCCAAUGAAGUAGACUCUUAAGCUUCUGUGUCUGUAUUUAAAAGAGUGGGAAAGCUGAUCUAAGAACCUGUUUUUAUGAUGGCUGUAGUCACAAAAACUGACCCCAGAUUCUGCUGAUGAGGUGAUUCGUGAACACAGAUACUGCUUUCCCUCUUUGGGCCAGAGAACAGUGUGUGUGCUCAAAUAAAACACCGGUGUGGUCUGUGACAUGUGAAUGCUUUUGCUACUGUUAAGGUAAAAGGAUCUGCCAGUCUGCCCUGCUUACAUCUAAUGUCUGUGUACAAUAGCCUUAUAACUGUAUGGAAGCACUUUCAAGCAGGUGUUCACCAUGUGCAUUCACUGACAUUAUUAACAGCAGAAGAUUUUAACACCACAAAUUCCAUAACUAAUGUACUGUGGUGUGAACUGCAAUAGUCAUUAACUGACAAAUCUGCAAGCUCAGUGGUCUUUUAGGCAGAUUUUUUUUUUUUUUUUUUAUGUUAAUCGUGUGUUCAGGUGUUUUAAUGUUGGCUUCGAGAUCUGUAUCAUUUCAUAGCAUCACUUUUUAUUUUGUCCUUGGGUAUGUGAACCUUUGCUACUGAAUUCAUAUUGAAUUUGCUUGUAGUGAAGCGUCUUAUAAAUCAAACACUUGUAUGCACUCAUUCUAGACUUGUUAGCUGUUCAAACGAUGGACACAAAAUGUGACUGACUUUUAUUUUUCUAUUAUAUUCAGCAAACAUAUGUGUCCUUACAUGUUACUCCAUUUGCAAAUAGCUACUUAUAUUUUCUCAUUCUGUAACUCAUUCAUUUGUAGGACUUAUGGUAAUGUAAUGUUAUGUACUGUAAUCAAGCUAUGUAAUCAAUAAUGCCAUGGCGUUCACUUAUAUGUUGAACAGUUCACUUUAUGACCAAGUACUUUUAUUCUGAAAGAGAUCUGUAACAUGAGACGCACAUGUGGGAGGGAGCGAAAAUGUGGUGCUGAAAAUGUUGCAUGUUUCUCUGGCAGAAUGGAGUCCUGUUCCCUGACUCAGGGACCCCUAUUGAGCAAGUAGAACCUUGUACAGUAGGGUGGGGGGCAGUUUAAAAGAGAAUUAAAUGGAGCUAUCAUUUCUUCA